AUGGCUGCCCAGAUGUUCGAGGGGAGAGGGCAUGCGGCUGUCUACCAGAAAUACAGGUUUGCGCCGGGCAAAGAGCUGCAGCAAACCAUCCUUGCCUACCUGCAGGAAAAGAGAGUAGACCCUGCUGAGCUGGUGGUGGAUGUCGGCUGCGGGUCUGGACAAGGCACCCGCUUCCUUGCAGAGCACUUCAAGAAGGUGGUGGGAACAGACAUCAGCGAAGCGCAGAUCCAGGAGGCCAGGGAUGCCCCUUCCCUGCCCAGCGUCUCCUACCUUGUGUGCCCUGCAGAGGAGCUGCCAUUUGAGGAUGCCUCAGUGGACAUCCUGACUUCAUUUACAGCCGCGCACUGGUUUGAUAUUGAUAAGUUCAUGAGGGAAGCAAACCGGGUGGUUAAGCCAGGUGGCUGUGUGGUCAUCAGCACCUACACCAUGGACAUGAGUCUGCGCUACGGAAAUUGCUCUGAAAAGCUGACCAAAAUCUUCAGAGAGGCCUGGGACCCACUUCUAAAAUACUCGCAUAAUAGAGUAAAACAUGUCUUGGAAGACUACAAAGAGAUCUUUGAGGCCUUGCCAUUCCCAGACAAGAAGAGAAUCACUGAUAUCUUUGACAAAAUUCCCAUGACUGUUGCUGGUGUGGUUGGUUACUUGGAGUCUGUCUCUCCAUAUCAAGUUCUCAUGAAGAAUGACCCCGAAGCUGCAAAAUCCCUUCUCCAAGACACUGAAAAGAGGAUGCUGGAGACGAUGGGAGUUUCUUCUCGUGAAACCCCAGUGGAGUUCUGGGUGAGGCAUGUCUGUGUAAUGGGGUGCAAGGGACGGUGA